AUGUUUUGUUCUCUUCAUCCUUGCACGUCUUCUGCACUUCUUUUUUUUUUUCCCCUCUUACAGGUUCAAAAUGAUUUGGAAGCAAAAGUUAACUCAGUUUCAGCUUUAAUUCAUAAACUCCAGGAGACAGACAGACAACUGCAGCGUGUUGCUGAACAGCAAACAAAUACAAAGGCUCAACAUGAGAAGCCUCACUGUCAUGAAAGAGUCAGUGAGCUUGAAAAACAAAUGAAUGCUUUCAUGGUGCAACGGAUUCAGCAUUUGGAAAAGUUACAGGAGCAACAAAUGAAUAUCCAGUCUCAUCUCGUUAGCUCUGCAGUCAGCACGAGUGGCUUACGGCAAAUUCACGUACCUUCCGCCAGUCUCGUGCCGAAACAAUCUGAGAAGCCAGAACAGCAAUCGCUUACUAACGACGUAUCUUCGUGGCAGAGGGGUUUGUUUCCUACCAGUGGUCCACUUGCUGCCCAAGCAUAUUCAAGCCAAUUUCAAAAUCGUGGCAUUCAUACACAAAAAUCUCCUCUAAAGACACCAGUUCCACGGAGAUGUGCUCCAGAACCUGUGUCAAAAAAUGAAGCAAGUUCAUGGAAAUCAGAUAUGAAUAAUCUUAUUAAGUCAAAAAAGCCUGCUGCUGCAUCUGAUCUUCCUGAACGCCAUCUGCUCAAUAAACCAUCCAUCCUUCGAAAUGUUAAAGUGCCGAAAUCUAUACUGAAGGAUGCUGAAAGGAUUUUGAGAGGAGUUCAAAACAAUAAAAAAGUUCUCGAAGAAAAUUUGGAAGCUGUUAUUCGUGCAAAAGAUGGAGAUGCUUUUAUUAAUGCCAUAACUACAAACAGAGAUGUAUUGGAAGAGAUUCGUAUCAGAAAGACUGUGGAUGAGUGGAUUAAGGCAAUCAGUGUAGAAAUCCAGGCUGAAAUGGCAAGAAAUGAUUUGGAACAAGUGAAAUAUGAUCAAAAGGUCCCAUGGAUCAAGAGAACCCAAAGCAUCAAGGCUAUGAAGACCAAUAAAGAAAUUAAAGCAAAAACUCAAAAAAUCCAAGGAUGCUUGACAAAGAAACCUUUAUCCGCAGCUAAGCCAUUGCAGAAGCAAGCAGAAGAUAACAUGAGCAAACGGAACUUUAGGACUCACUUUUCUGAAAGUUUGCAGAGGAAAGAAAAAAGGGCAGAU